GAGCAGCACACUGCUAGCUGGCUCUUCUCUCUUUCCGUCCGCUUCUCGCCCCGCAGGCUAAUUCACGAGGAUGAUGGUCGUCUCAAGGCCUGGCCUGAUACUGCUCUCCACUGCUCUCUGUGCACUGCUAGCACCCUCUCUCUGUGCACAGAAAAUCCCUCCCUGUGAAAGUGACAUCUGGGGCAUUGCAUACGAGGCUAAUGCGGAGGAGGGACACGCAGAGCUAGUAAUCAUAGUUCCUGGUGCCUCUGACGAGAUUGAAUCGGUCAGUUCAAUCCUCACCUGCACUGAUCUGGAGGUAAAUGGUACGGGGAAGUCGGUGGUCCAAGUGGAUGAGGGUGAGAAUACGACAGUGUUUCAGAUUUCAGUUCCCGAGCCCAAAGAUGUGAAAGAGUUUGAGGAACAGGGCGGCUGGAUGACUCAUCACUGCGUCCUUCAGCUCAGCUACCUCUCUGCAACCGAACCUGAUGUUAGUGCACAUGAGACUGAGUGUGAGGUGAAAUUGUUGACUGUCUUUGGCAGAAUUUUGCCAAGAUGCAGCCUCGAGAGA